AGAUUUGAAUUUGGACAAUAAAUAAAAGUUAUUCAGAGGCAAUUGUGAAUAAGAUAUCUGCUUAAGCAAGUUGCUGAUCAUCUGGGCUGUGAUCCACAAACCCGGUUCUUUGUCCCUCCUAAUAUCAAACAGUGGAUUGCCUUGCUGCAGAGGGGAAACUGCACAUUUAAAGAGAAAAUAUCACGGGCUGCUUUCCACAAUGCAGUUGCUGUAGUCAUCUACAAUAAUAAAUCCAAAGAGGAGCCGGUUACCAUGACUCACCCAGGCACUGGAGAUAUUAUUGCUGUCAUGAUAACAGAAUUGAGGGGUAAGGAUAUUUUGAGUUAUCUGGAGAAAAACAUCUCUGUACAAAUGACAAUAGCUGUUGGAACUCGAAUGCCACCGAAGAACUUCAGCCGUGGCUCUCUAGUCUUCGUGUCAAUAUCCUUUAUUGUUUUGAUGAUUAUUUCUUCAGCAUGGCUCAUAUUCUACUUCAUUCAGAAGAUCAGGUACACAAAUGCACGCGACAGGAACCAGCGUCGUCUUGGAGAUGCAGCUAAGAAAGCCAUCAGUAAAUUGACAACCAGGACAGUAAAGAAGGGUGACAAGGAAACUGACCCAGACUUUGAUCAUUGCGCAGUCUGCAUAGAGAGCUAUAAGCAGAAUGAUGUCGUCCGAAUUCUCCCCUGCAAGCAUGUUUUCCACAAAUCCUGCGUGGAUCCCUGGCUUAGUGAGCACUGUACCUGUCCUAUGUGCAAACUUAAUAUAUUGAAGGCCUUGGGAAUUGUGCCGAAUUUGCCAUGUACUGAUAACGUAGCAUUCGAUAUGGAAAGGCUCACCAGAACCCAAGCUGUAAACCGAAGAUCAGCCCUUGGCGACCUUGCCAGCGACAACUCCCUCGGCCUUGAGCCACUUCGAACUUCGGGGAUCUCGCCUCUUCCUCAGGAUGGGGAGCUCACUCCGAGAACAGGAGAAAUCAACAUUGCAGUAACAAAAGAAUGGUUUAUUAUUGCCAGUUUUGGCCUCCUCAGUGCCCUCACACUCUGCUACAUGAUCAUCAGAGCCACAGCUAGCUUGAAUGCUAAUGAGGUAGAAUGGUUUUGAAGAAGAAAAAAACUGCUUUCUGACUGAUUGCCUUGAAGGAAAAAAGAACCUAUUUUUGUGCAUCAUUUACCAAUCAUGCCACACAAGCAUUUAUUUUUAGUACAUUUUAUUUUUUCAUAAAAUUGCUAAUGCCAAAGCUUUGUAUUAAAAGAAAUAAAUAAUAAAAUAAAAAG